AGGAAGCAAAUAAUAAAUAAGCAUGCCCCGUACUUGUGUCCAGUGAAAUGCGAUGCGAAGGCGACGAAGAUUGCAUACAGAGUCUGCCCAGGCAACAACAACAACCCACAUAGAGCAGGGCAACAACAACAACAACAAAGACAGCAACAAGGAUAACAAGAAUGAGGAGAUGCCAUGCAAUGCGAUGCGAACUGAAAGGGAAGUAAACAAUUGCCGAGCAAACAAUGAAAACUAAUAAAGCACUUAAGCGGAUAGAAAAGCAACAAGGACAUUUAAGUGGAGUAAAACAGAAGAAAAAGCAAAAGCAGCAGCAGCAGCGGCAGCAAAGAAACCAUCAAUCAAAAGUGAUUAUUAAAGGACAAUUCACAACAUUAAGCUGAGUCCCUGCCCAAGGCGUUUCUUUAAAUUUAAGAAAAUUUUAUUGAUUAAAUAUUAACAGCCACAAUGGACACAUUGUUGCAAAACCAAGUGAGGCUAAAUGAUAGAGAGAAUGAUGGGGAUAAAGUAACAUCAACAAGCCAAUUUACACCAUUGACAGCAAAUGGAGCCACAACCACAGGCCUAAGUUUCACCAAGAUGAAGAAGGAACCUCUUAAGGAUAUGCAACGAAACCACCUGCAAAAGAUGCCAACGACGACAGCAAUAGGAGAGAAACCAACGAGAACACCAACAAACGUAGCUGGGAUUUUAAGGAUAUUAGCCAAGGGUCGAGGCGGCGGCAUAACUGGUGGGGGAGCCAGCACACGUCUGCUCCUUUUAACAAUAUGCCUGAGCAUCCUUGUGGGCAGUAGCAAAGCCGGUUUUGCUUGCCUCAGCAAUCCUUGUGUAUUUGGCGUAUGCAUCGAUGGACUUAACAGCUCGUACUCAUGUUACUGCAUUGAUGGCUAUACAGGGAUCCAGUGUCAAACGAAUUGGGACGAAUGCUGGUCGGGUCCCUGUCAAAAUGGCGGGACAUGUGUGGAUGGUGUGGCCUACUACAAUUGUACGUGUCCGGAAGGAUUUUCCGGAUCCAACUGUGAGGAGAAUGUGGAUGAAUGCAUGUCGAAUCCAUGUCAAAAUGGUGGCCUAUGCCGUGACCGUAACAAUGGUUAUACAUGUAGUUGCCAGGCAGGCUAUCUGGGUGAUCACUGUGAAGUGGAUGUGGCUGUUUGUGAAACAGGCACUGGAGCCCGCUGUCAACAUGGUGGAGAGUGCAUUGAAGGACCUGGAUUGGAAUUCACCUGCGAAUGUCCCGCAGGCUGGCAUGGACGAAUCUGUCAGGAGGAGAUCAAUGAGUGCGCCUCAUCACCAUGCCAGAAUGGCGGCGUCUGUGUAGAUAAACUUGCCGCCUAUGCCUGCGCCUGUCCCAUGGGUUAUACGGGCAUCAAUUGCGAAGAGGAGAUUCUCAUCUGUGCGGACAAUCCAUGCCAGAAUAAUGCUCUUUGCCUUAUGGAGGAGGGCAUACCCACGUGUUAUUGUGUGCCCGACUAUCAUGGUGAAAAAUGUGAAUAUCAGUAUGAUGAAUGCCAAUUAGGACCACGUUGCAUGAAUGGUGGCGUUUGCAUUGAUGGUGUGGAUACAUUUUCAUGCUCCUGUCCGCCAUUGUUAACGGGCAUGCUGUGCGAGUGUCUGAUGGUGGGUGAAGAAUCAUUGGAUUGCAAUUACACGGCACCAGCCACAGUGGCUACACCACCAGCAGCAGCAGCGACAACCACAGUUGCAGCACCCACAGUGCGACCAGUAACACCGCCCGAAACGACCUUGCCACCAAAAAUAGCUGAAGCAGAGGUUGUGGUAACGACAACAUUAAUGCCAGAAGUACCGGAAGUUACUGCCCCUACUUCUGCUUCCUCAGAAGAAGGAGUUUCUGUGGAAGUAACAGUGGAGAUAAAACCCAUGACAGUAGCACCACCCGAAAGCGAUAGUCAAAGUGUAUCUGUAGAACAGACCACCAUAAAGCCACCGCUGGAGGUGCAACCGGAACCAAUACCGGCAGUGACCACACAGCCCGGGGGAAUUAGUGCAUCAGUUAGUUCUUCCUCAGAAGAGACACAUAGCAUCUAUACAACAAUACCACCUCUACCAGCAGCAGGUGGUACUUCAGCAUCGGCUGAAAGUUCUGGAGAAGUUAUCAUUUCCGAAGAAUACACACCAGUGCCCAGGUUCGAGGUAAGCGCCAGUGGCAGUGGUAGUGGAAGUGGAAGUGAAGAAGGUGUAACCACCACAACGCUAAGACCUAUGCCACCACCAUUACCGGAAAUAACCACUGUAAUAGAUUACACUUCCGCCUCGAGUAGCAGUUCUGAGUCAGUGGAACAGCCUCUGGUGACAACGCCAGGACCCAUUUUCGUACAGCGAGUGACUACGCUGGAGACUAGCAUUUCCAUAGAAUACGCCACGCCUACACCAACACCUUACCGACCAGUGGAAGUAAGACCUGCCACUGAAUCUGGAUUAGAAUCGGAAGAAACGACCACAACUCGUCACCUAUGGACGGAGGUACCAACAACAGCGGCGCCAUUUUUCACAGAAUAUCCCGCAGAAGUUUUAAUCACAACACAUCGAACGAGUGCGGGAAGAUUUACCACUGUGCAACCCCCCAUAAUGGUAACCACCGGCAGACCAGUAGAUGUAACACCACAUAUAGUUGUGACUAUACUGGAUGACAAUUCUACCGCAACCACAGAAAUGCCAAUGACUACGCACCAUCACCAUCAUUAUCAUCAUCAUGAGACCACUUUACAACCACCCGUCGAGGACGAUUAUGAGCAUCAAUACCAUCAUCAUGGCGGCAUAACUACACCAGCAGCCGUGGAGAUAACAACUGGUGGAGCUAUGCAAACCGAAGAUCUAAUUGGUAUACCACAGCCAACGGCAGAAGAUACAACGAUAGCACCACCAAGAUUACCAGUGGCAACGCUGCCACCUACGACUACAAUGAGAUCCGUUACAGAAGUGCCGUUGGUGGUGCCCAUUACAGCGUUGCCAACAUCACCACCCACGCUAGCACCAACGACGCAACCCCCAACGGAAAUGCAAACCCAACCACCCACAGUUUUUCCAACAAUGCCUCCAACACAGCCCCCAACAAUGCCACCCACCCAAUUACCCACUAUUCCGCCAACAAUACCGCCUACACAAGCUCCGACAAUACCACCCACAUUACCGCCCGCAUUGCCCACUAUUCCACCCACACCUCCAUCCACCCAAUCAGCACAAACUCUACCGCCACCAACACGAGACUUUCCAGUCCAGACCAAACAACCUGUAACGACCACCACCGAGAGCAGUGAAGAGGUCGAAGGAGCCAAUACAGUGGCCACCGGUGGACGCGGUGGUGGCAUGCCAGAAGAAAAAGCCGGCGGCGCUGAUGUCGACUGCAUCAAAUUGGGCUGUUAUAAUGGCGGCACCUGCGUAACCACGUCAGAGGGUUCCAGGUGCGUUUGCCGUUUUGAUCGCCAGGGUCCGCUUUGUGAAUUACCGAUUGUAAUUAAGAAUGCCGCCUUUUCCGGAGAUUCAUAUGUAUCGCAUCGCAUUUACAAGGAUAUACCACAACAUGAGGCUCUCGAUGCUGUUUUACCCAUGCAUAUUCAACUUAAAGUACGAACGCGAGCCACCAAUGGACUGAUCAUGCUGGCUGCUGCUCAAGGCACUAAGGGUGGACACUAUAUGGCCCUAUUCCUGCAGAAGGGACUUAUGCAAUUCCAAUUCUCGUGCGGAUUGCAAACGAUGCUGUUGAGUGAACUGGAAACGCCUGUGAAUACGGGUCACGAAAUUACCAUUCGAGCUGAAUUGGACUUCAGCCGCAAUUACACCCACUGCAAUGCCUCGCUGCUCGUCAACGACACAUUGGCCAUGUCCGGGGAUCAGCCGACAUGGUUGAAGUUACUACCAUCGCGACUCCAUACACCGGAGGCCAUACUGAACACAUGGCUGCAUUUGGGCGGGGCACCCCAGGCACCGAUUGGCCUGAUUAUCGAAUUGCCGCCAGCGCAAAGUGGUACCGGCUUCACCGGCUGUCUGCACUCGUUGCGCAUUAAUGGACAAGGGCGCGAAAUAUUCGGGGACGCUCUCGAUGGCUUUGGCAUUACUGAAUGCGGUUCGUUGGCUUGUCUAUCGAGUCCUUGCCGCAAUGGCGCCGCCUGCAUUAAGAUUGAAUCAACCGAGUUGGAUGAGAAUGGCGAAAAGGCUGAGAAAUGGAAAUGUAAGUGUCCCACCGGUUAUAUGGGACCCACUUGUGAGAUAUCCGUUUGUGAGGAUAAUCCAUGCCAGUACGGAGGAACAUGUGUACAAUUCCCAGGCAGUGGAUAUCUAUGUUUAUGCCCAUUAGGCAAACAUGGGCAUUAUUGCGAACACAAUCUCGAGGUGGCUCUUCCCUCUUUCUCUGGCAGUGUUAAUGGUCUCUCAUCAUUUGUGGCCUACACUGUGCCCAUACCCUUGGAAUAUUCAUUGGAAUUAAGUUUCAAAAUUUUACCACAAACCAUGUCACAGAUCUCUCUACUCGCAUUCCUUGGCCAGUCGGGUUAUCAUGAUGAGAAGAGCGAUCAUUUGGCAGUUAGUUUUAUACAGGGUUACAUAAUGCUAACCUGGAAUCUGGGAGCUGGACCCCGACGCAUUUUUACCCAAAAACCCAUUGAUUUCCGAUUGGAUGCACCGCGUGUACCCUACGAGAUCAAAGUUGGUCGCAUUGGACGACAAGCUUGGCUCUCGGUCGAUGGUAAAUUCAAUAUUUCCGGACGUUCGCCGGGCAGUGUUAGUCGCAUGGAUGUAUUACCAAUUCUAUAUUUGGGUGGUCAUGAGAUUGCCAAUUUCAAUACACUACCCCACGAUUUGCCAUUACAUUCGGGCUUCCAGGGCUGUAUUUAUGAUGUCCAACUAAGAGCUGGACAAGUAACAGUACCAUUGCAAGAAACACGCGGCGUUCGAGGACGUGGAGUGGGUCAGUGUGGAACCAGAGAGUGUCAUAGACAUGCAUGUCAGCAUGACGGAGCCUGUCUUCAGCAUGGAGCAACGUUUACAUGCAUUUGUCAAGAAGGUUGGUAUGGACCACUCUGUGCUCAACCCACAAAUCCCUGUGAUUCCUUUAAUAAUAAAUGUUAUGAGGACUCGACAUGUGUGCCCCUGGUGAAUGGCUAUGAAUGUGAUUGCCCUGUGGGACGUACAGGCAAGAAUUGUGAAGAAGAAAUUCGCUCACUCAGCGAUGUCUCACUAACCGGUCGACGUUCAUAUCUAGCUGUGCGUUGGCCCUAUCUAUAUGAUGGUGGCGAUAAGAUAGGCGCCAAGCGAUCUCAAAUGGUUAGCUAUAGAAAUUUCACCAAGAAAUUGAUGCCACCAAAACCGAUUUCAACGCCAAGCACACAUUUUGUAAUGAAACUGCUCAAUGAGGUGGAGAAGCAGCGAAGUUUCUCACCCGUUCCCCUUAUGGGUUCCAAGACAUUCGAAGAGCAUCAUCGAGUGCAAUUCUUUUUCAUUGAAUUCCAAUUGCGUCCAUUGUCAGAGCGUGGCCUCCUACUUUACUUUGGCACACUUAACAACAAUCAGGACAAGAAAAUUGGCUUUGUAUCGCUGUCAUUGCAAGGCGGCGUUGUGGAAUUCCGCAUCUCUGGGCCCAGUAAUCAUGUGACUGUUGUGCGUAGUGUACGCAUGUUGGCCAUUGGUGAAUGGCAUAAGAUCAAGAUGGCUCAACGUGGUCGCUGGCUAACUCUUUGGGUCGAGGGCAGUGCCUCUUCGGCUUUGGCCCCAUCGGCCGAGGUAUUGGUCGAACCGGAUUCACUGCUCUAUAUUGGUGGUCUAAAAGAUUUAUCCAAAUUGCCACAUAAUGCCAUUUCUGGAUUUCCAAUACCAUUCCGUGGCUGUGUUAGAGGACUGGUUGUCAGCGGCUCACGAAUUGUCCUCAAUGAAACAAAUAUUGUGGAAUCUCGCAAUAUUCGUGACUGUGAUGGCACCGCCUGCGGUGGCGAUUCCUGUGAAUCUGGUGGUCAUUGUUGGCUGGAUGAAAAACUUCAACCUCAUUGCAUUUGUCCCGAAUAUGCCAAGGGCGAUCGUUGUGAAUAUUCCGAGACUUGCAAAUUGAUACCAUGCAAAAAUAGUGGCAGAUGCCUGCGAAGUGGUCGCUGUUCAUGUCCCAAUGGUUGGGGCGGUUUCUAUUGUGAAAUCGCCAUGAGUAAACCCUCAACACCCAGCUUCCGCGGCAACAGUUACCUGAUCUUGCCGCCACCACGCAUACCAAUGAAAGACAAACGACGCGGACCCUCACUCUAUGUACGACCUCGUGAAGCCAUUCAAAUCUCACUGAACUUCUCUACCAUAGAGCCGGAUGGCCUGCUGCUCUGGAGCGAACACGAUCGCUCCAAAUUCUUGGGUCUGGGCCUGGAGAAUGGCCAUCUAAAGUUGGCGAGCAAUCUGCUGGGCAGUAACAAUGAUACGGUUCAAGCGCCGGCAAGUGGUUUCAUAGCUGAUGGUGCUUGGCAUUGGACUAGGAUCAUGUUGGAUCGUUCCCGCUUGGAACUACAAUUGGAUGGUGAAGUCAUAUUCACGGAACGUUUGCCCGAGGCUGGAACUACAAUGCUAACGGCUGCAAAUCGCCGAUCUUUGGCCAAAGAACCAACAAUAAGCUAUGAAGAUGUCUUUUAUUUGGGCGGUUUUCCCAAUAUGGAUGCAGUGAGCAAACGUACCAAAGGCCGAUAUUAUGAGCCGUUUAAGGGAUGUCUUCAGGAUAUAGAAUUUGGUGGCGAGCCGAAGGCUAUUAUUAACGAUUUCUCAUCGUAUCAAGGCGAGAAUAUAGGCUCUUGUGAUUUGCACGGCGAUGAGCCGAUUGUUGUAUAAAAUCGACGAAAUAAAAAAUCAAAAUACGAUAGCAAAAAACAAAAAUCGACCCAAAGAUAACCCAUAUAACCUAUCAAUAGAAAAAAUAAUCCCAAAAAAGAAAAAACAAGAACAAAAACCAAAAACAUAAACGAAACAGAACAACAAAAAAAAUAAAUUUGUGAAAUUUUCAUAGUUCUGGACGAACCAUUCAAAAAAAGAUAAAUUAACUUUAAGUGUAAAAUUUAAGCAAGUUUAUAUAGGUAAAUGGAUUAACCCCCAGACAAAAUGGAUAAAAAAAAAGAGGCAAAAACAAAAAUGGAAAGUAAU